AUGGGAAUGCCGAAUUGGGCGGGGGGAGUUCCAGUGAUGGCUGCAGUACCCGUGCAGCCGGGGGCUCCAACCCCAGCCCCGCCAUCACGGAGCAGAAGCAGGGAUCGUUCCCGAAGAGGACGAACUCGCGGCCGACCACGAAGCAAGGCCCGAAGUAGAAGUAGAAGCCGGGCUAGGGUUCCCGAGUCGCCGUCCCCUGUAAGGGGGGACGGCGGCAACGAAGACCUAUAA